AUUUGUUACUAUGAGACUAACGUUCAGAUGUAGAGAGACUGGACGUUUCUGCAAGAAAACGAAGAAGAAGUUGAAGAAGAAGAAGAAGAAGAAGAAGAAGAAGAAGAAGAAGAAGAAGAAGAAGAAGAAGAAGAAGAAGAAGAAGAAGAAGAAGAAGAAGAAGAAGAAGAAGAAGAAGAAGAAGAAGAAGAAGAAGAAGAAGAAGAAGAAGAAGAAGAAGAAGAAGAAGAAGAAGAAGAAGAAGAAGAAGAAGAAGAAGAAGAAGAAGAAGAAGAAGAAGAAGACGAAGAAGAAGAAAAAAGAGGCGACGACAUCGUCUUAGGGUUUCGGAGCUUAUUCCUUCAUAUAU